CAGUGUAUUGCAUCGGAGAUAAAUGUUGAAACCAACAGGAAAAAACUGCUACAACUUUGUCCAACAAGAUGGGUGCAAAGGCAUGAUGCCGUCUUUGUCAUGAAGGAGCUUCUUCAACCAGUUGAAGUAGCGUUGGAGGAAAUAAAAAAACUGGAGUGAUAGAGACUCUUCUUCUGGAACUCUUAUUUUACUCAGCUCUUUACGUCAAGGCGAAUUCAUCAUUUCUCUCUUGGCAUCAGACAAGCUCCUUGGUUACACUGUAAACCUAAGCAAAAAGCUGCAAGGAAGUGAUUUGGAACUAUCUUCUGCAAUCACACAUGCUGAAACUGUACUUGAAAGCCUAAAAUCCAUAAGAACAAAUGCGGAUGAAGAGUUUCACUCCUUGUUUGAAGAGGCUACCCAUAUGGCCAACAACUUUGGAUGUAAAAUCUCCAUGCCCCGAACAGUUGGCAGACAACAAAAUAGAAACAACACACCAGCAGAUACGCCUGAAGUGUACUACCGGCGAUCUAUUUUCAUCCCUUGGAUUGAAUCUUUGAUAAGUUCUUUGGAAUCCCGAUUCAUGAAACAUAAAGACAUAUUGAAGGGGUUUGAGUGUCUGAUGCCUACAGCCGAUGGAUCACGUGGAAAGGAAGAAACCUCAAAACUUAAUUAUCUGCAGCUGUGUUGUUUUUAUAAAAAUGACAUAAUUGAAAGUGGUGGGAACAACGAAAGCCUGCUCAAAGCCGAGUUUGAGUUGUGGCACAACAGCUUUAAGACCCACACCAACACACCAAGAAAUGUAAUUGAUUUGUUGAACUUGUGUGAUAAGGACAUGUUUCCUAACAUCCACAUAUUGUUGAAAAUAUUGUGCACUAUCCCUGUAACUACGAGUACAGCAGAAAGGUCGUUCUCAACAUUACGUAGACUCAAGACCUAUCUAAGGAAUACCAUGGGUGCUAACAGACUGAGUGGACUGGCGGCUUUGAAUAUUCACCGUGAAAUAGAAGUGACCAAUACAGAGGUAGUUUCUGUUCUCAAAAAAUCGACCAGACGUCUAGAUUUUGUCUUGUAAAUAUUUUAACUUUAACUUACA